GGAAAUUAUUGUGCUGGUGGUGUGAGGGACGUCAACACUUUUCCUCGAAUACCACUGAAUAUUCAGUCUGCAUAUACAGUCUCCCAUGAGCUGUUCCAUGGCGCAGCGGUGGAGACAUUACUAUUAACAUCCGCAUUCAUCACAGAUCGAUCGAGAAGAGCAGGACUUGUGUUGAAAAUCAGAUCCAUGUUUGACGAUGAUGGCACCAAGUAGUUUGAGUCCAAACAAAAAUGGUGAAGAUAAAACAUCCCGCAGACAGAAUGAAGUUAAUAAGAAGUUAAAGUAUAUCAGUUUGGCGAUUCUGGUGAUCCAGAAUGCAUCACUCAUCCUCAGCAUCCGCUAUGUGCGGACGUUGCCGGGAGACCAUUUCUUCACCACAUCAGCUGUUGUCAUGGCAGAGGUUCUUAAAGUCCUUACCUGUCUGGUUAUCAUCCUGAUGCAGAACAGAGGUAAUGUGAAGAACUUUGUAACAUUGCUGUAUGACUCUAUAGUCGUACAGUAUUCAGACACACUUAAGUUAGCAGUGCCGUCCCUCAUCUACACAUUACAAAACAACCUGCAGUAUGUGGCCAUUUCCAAUUUACCUGCAGCCACUUUCCAGGUCACAUAUCAGCUGAAGAUUUUGACCACAGCGUUGUUUUCAGUUCUCAUGUUGCGGAAGAGUCUCUCUAAAGUCCAGUGGAUCUCUCUAGUGCUGCUCUUCGCCGGUGUCGCGAUCGUCCAAAUGGAACAAGAGGGCGGAAAACAGAAAGAGGCUUUGACCAGCACUAACCAGAGCUAUGUCAAAGGCUUGGCGUCGGUGGUGGUGUCCUGUUUGUCGUCUGGGUUUGCCGGCGUUUACUUCGAGAAGAUCUUGAAGGGCAGCUCGGCCUCGGUGUGGAUGAGGAACGUGCAGCUCGGGAUCUUCGGGACUCUUUUGGGUCUUCUCGGCCUUUGGUGGAACGAUGGAGCUGUCAUUGCCGAAAAAGGCUUCCUAUUUGGCUACACACCCAUGGUGUGGGGCGUCAUCUUCAACCAAGCGUUUGGUGGCCUCCUGGUGGCCGUGGUUGUGAAAUACGCAGACAAUAUUCUUAAAGGAUUCGCUACUUCUUUUUCCAUCAUUGUAUCUACCAUCAUGUCUGUCUACCUCUUUGGUUUCCACGUGGACUUGAUCUUCACGCUGGGCGCAGGACUGGUCAUAGGCGCCGUCUACAUGUACAGUCUCCCCAAACCAAACACCAGCACUUCCAGUACCAGCACAUCCUCAUCAGGCCACAGCAAAGGAGUAGACUCAGAGUUGGAUGCUUUUCUCCCAAAUCCCAAGACCCCUGGAAAGAAGAAAGGAAACUGAAAUUUGAAACCUUUACACGAGAAGCCAUGAGGAGAACAUACUGAACAUGAAAUUCACACACUCCUGCCCCAAUUCCAAAGGAAAAUAUGGGGGGUAUAUUUCAAAUGCCUUAAUUAUGCUGACAUUUUUAAACUCUGUUUUACAACUGGUACUUAGUAUUUGUUGAAAAAUAAAAUGUCAUAUUUAUACCUAUACCUCAUUAAUGUUUUGCAUUUCAUAUUAUGAUUGACUGAAGUUAUGAUACUAAUGUACACGGUAGAUAACUUUAUAAUAUUUUGUUUGCCAGAAUUGGAAAAGGAAAAGAAAGCAUACGUCUAUUAUUCAAUGGCCUUAUCAAGCUAAACUCAAAAGGUGCUGCCUUAUUGUGAAAUAUUUUGCUUGCCUUUUCUUCAUUGAUUUUGUCUAAUUAGUUGUAUUCUUUUGUUUAUUCUCGUGGGAUUGACAUGUGUUUUUCCAUGUUAAGUCCUCAUUGGUGCUUUUCUCUUUUAUACAUUUCAACUGCAUUAUGUUAAACAAAAUUUAGACAGAAACAGACAUAUUUUUAAAGAAUAUUUUUAUUUCAGAAUUCAACUGUUUUAACUAGAUUGUAUUUAGAUUAGAUGAGCAGCGCCCUCUGCAGGCCAUUUAUGAGGUUUGUCUGUCAAAAAUGUUACAUUUUCCAAUUUAUAUAUAAAGCAAAAAAAAAAAAAAAAAAGAUUUUUUUUACAUUUGCACGUCAACGAGGCAAACUGCGUUUAUUUUGUCCAUUGAGAAAACACAUUCUAUCAUAUGAUAUUUAUAUAUAUAUAUAUAUAUAUAUAUAUAUAUAUAUAUAUAUAUAUAUAUAUAUAUAUAUAAAUGUGUGUUUUCAAUGGACAAUAUAUACGUGCAAUAUAUACGUUGACGUACAAAUGUAAAAAAAAAAUUUUUUUUUUUUUUGGCUUGUUCAAGUGCAUUUAACAUUUGUGCUUCUGUUUCGCUCUUUCCACAGACACAUUUUAUUGUUUGUGUGUGCUUGCAAUAUGAAUGUUCUUUGAAUAUCAAUAAA